ACUUGUGUAGUUUGCGGAGUAUGUGUAUUUUAUGGGAUCGAUGCAAGUAUGAAGAACCGGUCAAGUUCUCCUCCGAUUCAUGUACAUGUCAGCGAGACCACUCCAGUGCACGUGCACGUUAUGAGUCAGAAAAGUCCAACAAGGACACCUCAGGGGAAGAUAAAACAAGAAAAGGGAAUUCUUCGGUCCACAGCGCAAGUCAAAACCAGAGUGCCAUGGAUUCCUCCUGGAGAGACUACUCUCAGAAAUGCUUCCAUAAAAUUUGAGGGGCCUACACACUGUCUUGAAAUAAUUCCACAAAGCACACAAGAACCAGAAGAAGUUCAGUCUGCUUUAUGUUUGGCCGACUUGACAUCAGAUGAUGAGGAUGAAAUUCAUAGACGAAUCAACAAAUAUGAACGGAAAGUUGACAGUUUGAUGACAGAAGUCAGCUCACUGAAGAAUGAGGUUGAACUGAAAAAGAAAGAGCAGCAGUUGGAACGAGAGUCAGAACAGCUAAGUGUUACGCAGCGAGUUGUUGCUGAGCAGGAGGAAGAAUUGGCUGUAGUGACCAAAAAACUACAGCAAGCAGAGCACGAUAACACCCGACUACGGCAAUCAAUGGAAAAGAUGUCAGUGGGAAUUGUCAGGGAGGGGGAUUGUCUGCUCGAAAAAGAUGCUUUGCUUACAAAGCUGAUUGAAGCUGAAGUGGAUAGCAGAGCAGCUUCCAAACAAGUGUCGGCCAUCAGUGAAUGUGUUUGCAAAAUGGAUGCAACUAGUGGUGGCAGGCUGUCCUCACAUAUGGCUCAUCAUAAAGAGCUACUGCUGCAGAAACUGGAGACAUUUGAAGCCACAAAUAGAGCACUACGGCAGCUUCUCAGAGAACACCAUAAUUCCCAUGAGUCAACACAACUAUCAGAGCAGAAGGAAACAUUGCUUAAGAAGCUUUCCUAUACAGAAGCAGAAAAUGCUAGUCUGGUGGUAAAGCUUGAAGAUAAACAAAAUCAAAUUUAUGGCCUGUGUAAAGCUUUAGAUAAUGAGAAAGUAAAUGCCAAGAGUGUAUCUGAUUUUUCUAAAAGUUUAGAGUCCACAAGAGCGCAUUUACAAGGUCAGCUGCGCAGCAGAGAAGCAGAGAACAAUCGACUUACUGUACAGAUAAAGAACAUGGAGCGUUCAGUAAAUGAACAAAAGGCAGAGAUUGAUCAUUUGACCCUGCAACUGAUGAGGGUAAAACACCAGACGGUUGCAGACAAGGAGGCACUAAAACGAGCUACCAAGGCCCAGAAACAGAGAGCUCAACACUGUGAAGAUACUACAGCCCAGCUGCAGCUUCAGCUGCUCGAAAUGGAAAAUCAAGUCACUGAAGCACUUUCAGCAGCUGAAACCUGGAAAAAUUGUCAUAAAGAAGAUGUAAAAGACAAAACUAAGUUGGAGCUAGAAAUUUUAUCAUUAAACAGUCGUAUCAUGGAGCUGUCAGAACAGCUCAAAGGUGCUGAGGAUAAAGGGCGAGCAGACAGAGAUUCUCUGGUAGAACAUCUGCACGGACUGACAGCAGAAGGAACAGCUGUAAAACUGGAGAAUCAGUCUCUCAAGGCUACAUUGUCAGCUCUUGAGGAGAAGCUGUCCUUGUCUCAGACAGAGCUACAGCACGUGAAAUCUACCAUAAAACAGUACGAAAGUUUGAUUGGCAGUUACAAGAUACAGGUUGGUAAAACCCGGGCUGAGGCAGAUGAGUAUUGUGCUCGUCUAGCUAAAGCUGAGCAGGAUGCCUUAACUGUGCGAGAAGUACUGGACCAGGAGAUACAGCAGGUGCGCAGGGACCUGCUGGGAAAACUGGCAGAACUCGAACCACUUCCUGAAGCUUUGCGUGAGGCUGAGCUGAAGCUCCAGGAGGCUCAGGAGCGAGAGCGCCACCAGGAAAUGUGCAGUAAGGAACUUGAGACAACAAUAAAUGAACUUCGCUUAAAGGCAGAGAGUGAGGAUAACCAAGCAGAACUUCUAAAGCAGAAAAAUAAGAUGCUUCUUGAGGAGAACAGGAAGCUCCAGCACAAUGUGGAGGUCAUGGAAAGAAAACUGGAGGAAUUCACAAAUCAAAACAGUGAACUCUUGACUGUUGUUGCAAAAUGGGAAAACACCCUUCACUGCAAUCAGCUACGUUUGGAGGAAAAAAAUCAAGAAUGUAGCCUACUCAACCAAAAACUGGAGGAGGCUUUGAAUGAUGCUCAGCAACAGGUUUCAGGGAUCAAAGAUUGUGCUGCUAAUAAAGAAAGAUCUACGCAGUUAAAAAUAUUGGAGCUUGAAACACAGCUCAGUAGAACUACCUCUGAAAUAAACCAACUGCGGCGCACUAAGGAGGAGGCAGAGCAACGGUACCAAAGUCGACUGCAAGAUGUCAAAGACCGCUUAGAGCAAUCCGACAGCACCAACAGGAGCCUACAGAACUAUGUUCAGUUUCUUAAAGCCUCUUACGCCAAUGUGUUUGGAGACACGCCACUCAGCAACGCCUUUUGUACUCCCCCAGUAUAACAUUAGUCAUUUGAUUUU